UUGAGCUUGUUGGGCCUGGUACCCAAUUUACUGUCAAUAUGAAAAUAAUAUUUCUUUUCUUCUGGUAACGGCGGACAGAAACCCUCUUCAAUUUCCCUGUCGAGUUUGUUAGAAGGUGCUACUUCUACUUUGAUGAGCAGGCAGUGACUACCGUCAUCAAGAUGGCAUAUGAAAUUAGUGAGCAAAAAAAGAUAGGAUUUGGCCUCCUUGGUUUUGGUUUCUUUUUCUCAAUUCUAGGUGUAAUUCUUUUCUUUGACAGGGGUCUGCUUGCUCUUGGGAAUAUAUUCUGCUUGACUGCUGUGGCAAUUUUGCUUGGUUGGCAGUCUACUUGGACACUUUUUACUAGCAGAAAAAAUUACAAGGGUACUGUUUCUUUCCUAUUUGGCCUCUUUUUCAUUUUUGUUCGUUGGCCAGUAGUUGGAAUAAUCUUUGAAGUUUAUGGUUGCGUUGUCCUAUUUGGUGGCUUUUGGCCUUCUGUCAAGAUGUUUCUUAAUCAGAUUCCAUUUGUUGGGUGGAUUAUACGAUACCUGUAAUGGUAUAAAGAUAUGAAGAGAGGAAGAUCUCCACUAAACAGGGUAGCCUGGGAUGGGUCACUUUGAGAGAAUAUCGAUUGGCUCUUCGAAAUGCUGGAGAGACUUAUCUUUGCCCAACAGGCGAGAGAAGAGAGGAGGGAGCUGGCUGACCCUCCACCACUGUCACAGUAUGAGUCAUCCCUGCAAUGAAAAGACCUAGUGCCACUCCGAUACAGCUCUGCUCCUCCACUGUAUCAUUCAGCACCGUCACAGUAUAAUUCGGUACCAUACAUCUAGGUGCGGCCACAGGGUCAUUUGGCCCCUAUCCUGCAUAAUUCAGUCCCUCUUCACAGACCUAGUUCCGCUUGUGAUGAACCCAAGCUAUAUUGAGAGGUACAAGAGACUUAACCCAUUUAUUUUUGUAGGGGUAUCCACUUUUGAAAAGGCCGAGUGCUGGUUAGUAGAGACAGAAAAUGCAUUUACAACUCUUGGGGUGGUUUCCAAACAGAAGGUCAUACUUGUUACCUACAUGCUCAUGGGUGAGGCAGGUCGCUGGUGGCAGUUGAAGCAGAUCACCCUGCCCAUUCCGGUCACUUGAGAACAAUUCCUGAUAGUUUUCAAUGCAGAGUAUCACCUAGAGCACAUUCAGCAUUUGAAGGAGAUGAAGUUUGCACACUUGGUCCAGGGUGAGAUGACAAUGUCUGAGUAUGCCCGAAAAUUCUUGAAAUUGGACCAAUAUUCUUCUGAGAGUAUGAUGGAUGAAGGCAGAAAGACAAGAAAAUUUGAGUGGGGCCUUCGUCCUGUGAUCAGACAACAACCGUAUGUAUUCGAACUCAGUACCUACGCAACAGUUCUUGUCAAGGCACAGCUGAUAGAAAGAAACCUUCACAUUUUUCCUCAAGCAGUGGAAAAUUCCAGACCCCCAGUUCCAUGUUGCAGGCCAGCACCUACUGCACCGAUUCAGCAAAACAAGCGACCAAGACCCGCGACUCAAGUUCCUUCUCAGGUCUCGGCAACAACACAGUAGGACUUGCUAGUAUUGUGGCAAGGACCAUAGGGACCGACUCUGCUAUCGCCUCAACAAUACCUGCUGCAUAUGUGGAAGUACUCAGCACUACGUGAAAGUAUCCGCGGAAUCAGAAUUAGGUCAAACCUCCAAUUCAGGGCAGAGCCUACACCCUCACCCAGCAGGUUGCUAAAGCCAACCCAAACGUGAUACAUGGUGCGUAUACUAUUUGUAAUUACCUUGCGCAUGUUUUAAUUGAUGUUGGUGCUUCACAUUUUUUUGUUUCACAUGCUUUUGCAAUUUGAAUAUGUUACAUGAAAAUUUUGAUUCUGUGUUGUUUAUGUCUAUUUCUGGGAAUGAGACACUACUAAAGAAUGUCAUAUACAAAGUUUGUAUCGUAAAAAUAGCAUAUUAAAAUUGAGUGUAGACCUAAUAGCACUAGACAUGGAGGAUUUUGAUAUAAUUCUGGGAUGAAUUAGUUAACGGUGUAUCAUGCUACCGUAGAUUAUUUUCAUAAAAAUCUUGUAUUCAAUCGUCCUAACGAAGAGUCCUUCACCAAUUAAUAAAAAUUUUAGAUAUUAUUCUCUCAUGGUAACUACAUUAGUUAUAUGAUGCUUUAACUCAGUUGUUCUUUUAUACAUUAGGCAAGUUUAAGAAAGAAAUUUGCAUUCAAAAGAUUUUUGUGGUAUGAGAAUUUCUGAAUAUUUUUCCUGAUGAACUACCUGUACUGUCGGUGGAUAGGGAAGUUGAAUUUACGAUAGAUUUUCAGCCUAACACCUAUCCCAUUUUAGUUGCCCCUUACUGUAUGAGUCAUGUUGAGAUGGAGGAACUGAGGAAACAGAUUAAGGAAUUGCAGGAUAGUGAGUUCAUCUGACACAGUAUAUCUCCUUAGGGUGUCGGAGUCACAUUUGCAAGAAAAAGGAAUGAGUCCCUGAGGUUGUGUAUGGACUACAGGAGGUUGAAUAUGGUCACAAUCAAGAACAAGUAUCUCCUCUUUAAGAUCGAUGAUUUUUUCGAUCAGUUAUAGGGUGCUCAUGUUUUCUCCAAGAUUGACUUGUGUUCCGGUUACCAUUAGGUAAAAAUCAGGGAAAAUAACAUCUCCAAGACGAUCUUUAGAACCUGUGCGGGCACUAUGAGUUCUUGGUCAUGUCAUUUAGGUUAACUAAUGCACCAGUUAUUUUUAUGAACUUGAUGAACGGAGUUUUUAGAUAGUUUUUAGAUCAGUUUGUCAUAAUAUUUAUUGAUGAUAUCCUGAUCUAUUCAAAAAAUAGAGAGGAACACGUUCAGCACUUGACUCAAGUUUUAAAGAUUUUUCGAAAAAAGAAGUUAUAUGCAAAACUGA